AUCCCGUCCCUCUCUUCUUCCAGAUUCAUCGCCUGACGAUCGUCGGAGACUCUGACGGAGAGAUCGCGAAAAUGAACCGGCGUUUAGUCGGAGUUUUUUCGGCGGCGGUUUUUCUGCUCUCUCUAACCUCCGAAGCCUCGCACUGCUCUAUCAAAGGUUUGCCACUAAUUAGGAAUAUCAGUGAGCUUCCACAAGAUAGCUAUGGAAGACCUGGUUUUUCUCACAUCACAGUGGCAGGUUCAGUACUGCAUGGCAUGAAAGAGGUAGAAGUAUGGCUCCAAACAUUUGCGCCUGGUUCAAGAACACCAAUCCACAGACACUCUUGCGAGGAAGUAUUUGUCGUACUAAAGGGGACUGGAAUGCUCUAUCUUGCAUCUAAUUCACAUCCAAAGUACCCCGGGGAGCCACUUGAAAUGCCCAUCUUCAUGAAUAGCACUUUUCAUGUUCCUACCAAUGAUGCUCACCAGGUUUGGAACACUGGUGAAUCCGAGGAUUUACAGGUAUUGGUUGUUAUAUCUCGCCCGCCAGUGAAAGUGUUCAUCUACGAUGACUGGCUCAUGCCACACACUGCUGCAAGAUUGAAGUACCCUUAUUAUUGGGAUGAGUGCCAUCAAGCCGCACAUGUAAAAGAUGAGCUUUGACUUUUCUCUUUCAAUUAAAUGCGCUGAUAGAAGUCGAUAUACUGAGUAUAAAUGGUAAAAACAUGCAGAUCUUAGCAUUUUCGAUCUAUAAUUUCAUCAAUUAGUGAAAUACUACUCGAUACUAGGUUUGUUUCGUUUGGUAAUCUAUAAAUGCAUCAUUAGAAAGUAAUGGAUUUGGGAGGGUGAAAUUUGUCAAUAUACUAACACUUGCUGU